AUGAUUGUGACCACUAGUUGUCCCGGUAUUCUGGCGCUGGUUGUCAGUGUGGCCAUCUUUGCUAGCCUGGCCUUCGCCGAACCGCUUGUCACGCUCCGCAAUGGCACGUACGAAGGCUUAUAUGCCCCAAGCUUUCAUCAAGAUCAUUUUCUCGGCAUUCCAUACGCCCAGGAUGCCGGUGGAAAGAAUCGAUUUCUAAUUCCACAGCCAUUGAACGCCACCUGGGAAGGUAGUCGGCCCGCCAAGCAGUACGGCCAUGCAUGCCCAGACGCGUCUCCCAAAACUGACGCUGUCUGGGGCAUGUCUGAGAACUGCCUCAGUAUCAAUGUUGUGCGACCAGCUGAUGUAGGCUGCAACGAAAGUCUACCAGUGCUGUUUUGGAUCCACGGAGGAAGCUACCAAGAAGGCACCAGUGCUCUAUACAAUCUGAGCUACAUUGUGCAGCGAUCUGUCGACAUUGGUCGACCUGUGGUAGCUGCCAGCAUCAACUAUCGCAAGGGAGCCUGGGGAAAUCUGUAUUCGAUUGAGAUACAAGGCUCUGGAAACACUAAUCUUGCGUUACGGGAUAUGCGUCAAGCUCUGUCUUGGGUGCAAGAAAACAUUGCUGCCUUUGGUGGAGACCCGGGCAGGGUGACCAUCUGGGGAGAAUCGGCAGGUUCAUUUGCAGUUGGUCAGCUUUUGAUGAGCUAUGGAGGGCGUUCUGAUGGUCUCUUCCACCGAUCAAUCCAGGAGAGCGGUAGUGCAGCGACAGCAUGGUACAAUGGCACUGAAUGGUACCAGCCAAUCUACAACAAAAUUGUCGGACAGGUAAACUGCAGCGAGGCAAUUGAUACGCUAGAGUGUCUGAGGACUGUUCCUUAUGAGAUACUCUACCCUUUUAUGAAUAGCUCCGUGCUUGCCGGGCCGGGGUGUUAUCCUACUGUUGAUGGCGAUGUCAUACCCAACUACCCGACAACGCUGCUCCACGAGGGCCGAUUUGCGCAUAUCCCGCACUUGUACGGCACAAAUUCAGACGAAGGAACAGACAAUGCGCCUACGGGUGUUAUUAAUACCGAUGAUGACCUGUACAAGUUUCUGCUUAAUAGUACUGGUUUUGGAUUUCCACCUGCAACCGUGCGCGAGGUCAUGAGGCUUUACCCGGAUGAUCCAUCCCAAGGUGUCCCCAUCAACACAGGCAGCGAGAGGUUCGCUGAAAAGGGCGAACAGUAUAAACGAAUUGCCGCUAUUAUGGGCGAUGUAUUUUACCAUGCUCCGCGACAGGACGAUGCCAGACACUAUGCCAAGCACCAACCGGACAAUACAUUCAUCUAUCGGUUCAACACCAGAGGUUUUGUUAAAGCCAACAGCACCACUCCAGGUGCAGUGUGUAUCAACAACAUUUGCGGAACUCUGAAGCCAGCAUAUAAGGGCGUCGCCCAUGCAACCGAACUUGCUUUUGUGUUCAAUGUCCCCGACCAAACGGGCCCUUGGCCAGAAUACCGUGAUCUGGCCAACGAUAUAAGUGCCAUGUGGAUCAAUUUUGCGCACGAUGGCAAUCCAAACGGCCCCGGCGCCGAGGUAACAUGGCCGCCAUAUUCGACUGGCCCAGACGGAGCCAAUUUAGUCCUCCAGACCAAAUCGCAAGGUGGAAUGUAUGUUGAAGCAGACACUUAUAGAUUACAAGGCCGAGAAUACUUGACAAAAUGGGCCAGACGGAGACACGUAUAA